CUUAUAGUAGAGUAAAAAUUACUCCGUCAAAUAUAUAUUUUCACUCCCCAAAACCCUUUUAGCCCCCACAUUUAAACCCUCUCCCUGUCUCUCGAUCGAGAAUUGCAGGCAUGGUAGAUCCAUGGUGGUCUCUGUUGGGUGCAGCAAUACCUGCUGUAAUUGUAGGGCAGGCUAUGAGGAUGAAGAAAAGGAGAGCAGAAGAGCAGAGGCUGAAGAGCGCAAGAGGGCGAGAGAAGAGCUCUGAUGAUAUCUUUGUUUGCGAGAGAGUGUGCACUUCAAAGAGAAUGCUAAAGAAGGUUGGUGCACUGUCGAAAGACCCAACAGUUGAUACUUGUGUAACUGUUUGUGGUGUUUCUGAGCUUGAUGCUUGUGCUGAUGCGUGUGCAAGAACUGUUUGUGUUAAUCAACACCAAGUCCCCAAUUGGAACGAUAUCUGUCUUAAGAAGUGCCAAAUCUCUCUACAAUUCAGUCAUUUACAUAAAUUGGUGUGUGGGUGAUUGGGAUGAAGCUUUAAUGGAUAAACUGGAGCUUGUGGACGGCUUGGAUCCUAAUGGGUGAAACAGGAUUCUCCAAUAGAUCUGAAGUUUGGUGGCUUUGGUAUGUGCUUGAUCGUGGUGGAUUACCAGGGAGGUUAGAGCUUUGCCCAGACCGAAGGGGAGGUGAAGUAGGCUGUAGGCACAGGUGAGAUAUUUUCUGGUACAAACUUCAAAGAUAUUUUCUGUUGCAAUUGGAUUUGCAGGCUAAUUUGGUUCCCUGCAGUGCCAAUGAGUAGCAUUGUUGUGUUUUUACAAAGUAAAUGUUUUGCCACAUCAUCGCAAUUUAUAAUCAGCCUCAUCAGUCGUUGCAUGGGGACAUGUACAUCUAUGUUG